GUGAUGAAACCUUGGAUAUUUUGUUUUGCGUCCUGGUUGGUGAUUCAGUGACAGUGAGCUUGAUAAGUGGUACCGUGCUUCCCACUAUGGACCGCGCGUCUGAGCUUCAGGAAGUGAUUUUGUUGACAAUAGGAAGCGGAUGUGAUAUGCAAGCCCUGGACUUUGAUGAAGAUGGAGAUGUCGAUUUACUCCUUGGUAGCACAACAUCUGCACCCAGCCGUUAUUCCAGAUACUUUGAACGCAUCUCCCCGAAAGAAUUGGUGGAGCGCAAAGGAGAAGCAAAUCCGCUUGAAAUGUUCGACGGCAAGGUCGAGUGCGUGGCAGAUGUGGAUGGUGAUGGUCGUUUGGAUGUGCUUACAAGGGAGAGCUAUUUCACAUAUUGGAGCGUCACAGCUGGUUUUCGCUACUUUCGCCAUGCCAGUGAUGGUAGCUUUGUAGAGCCAGCAGAGAAUCCCUUUGCAGACAUCGCACUUAGACAGGAAGAGGAAUUCCGAUUCAUGUUGUACGUGGCAGAUUGGAAUUCGGACGGAUUGCCAGACGUGUUGGCCGUGGCAUGGUCGGGCGCCUUUUGGACCCUGAAGAAGAUUUUUCAACAUGUGUCAGAUCGGCGUAUGGCACGCAACACCCAAAUCGAUAUUUAUGAAGACCUGAAACAAGAUACUCUUGACCGUCUUUUCAUUGUAGACUGGAAUGGAGAUGGCUUUGAAGACGUGGUGCUGCUGGAGCACCGCCGGGUUGAUCUUCUUGGGUUCAUGUAUUCAAAGCAUCUCCGUCUGCACGAGUUCGACGGCCAGCGUCUCAGGGAAGUGGUGGGUGUUUUUGACAAUGUAACACGGAGCUUGCAGGACAAUUACAGUGCCCAAGCGGCCAUGAUGGACUGGGAUCAAGAUGGUGACUUGGAUCUCAUUGUAUUGUCCGAAACGGAUGGCAAGAUCCAUUACCAUGAAAUGAUUUCAGGGAGCUUGCAAAGUGAGGCUCCGCAACAUCCGUUCCAAAACAUUUCUUUGAGAAAGACGACGUGGUUAUAUCCAAAUACUAUCACACCAUUGCCGUACAAACUGGUUGAACCCAUGGUAGUGGACUUUGACAACGAUGGUGACAUGGACUUGAUUCUCGGCCCGCCUGACAGACGCUACUUCGAACAGCUCGCAGAUGGAAGUCUGCACGAGUGGCCUUUGGAGCAAAGCCCAAUCAGAUCAGUCGAAGAUAUUGGCAGCUUUGGGAAAUUCCUCGAUUGUGACGGAGAUGGUGACUUUGACAUGCUAAGACAAAACAAUGGAUUGGUGCAGGCUUGUGAACAUGACGCUGCGCACAAAUUGCAAUGCGAUGAUGCCUUCCUGUGCUUGGGAACGAACCUCAGCCAGCUCAAAGAAUUGCCCCGCACAGUCGGAUUUUUUGAGCUGGGGUUGGGGAAAUUGGCUGACGGCCAUGAGUUGGGUGACUGCUCUGGCUGCGAGCCGCACUUUUACAGUGUGUCGAAGGCAGUGGGUAUGGCACGCGAUUGCGCAGCAUGUCCAGGUACAGGUGGCCACGUUUGUUAUGGCAGAGGCAAGUGUUAUGAUGACAUAGCAGCGAAAGCAGUGAAAGCUUCUCAAAACAAUUCUACCGGUGCCCUGAUGGCGAUGGGGAAUGGCUCAUGCAACUGCAACGAGGCUUAUUUCUACGGCAGGGAUGAGGAUGGACGAGACACAUGUGUUGAAGGCAAUUGUCCAGCAGGCACCGAAGAGAAUGAUGGAGGUUGCGCCUCCUGUGCUGCAGGCUUCUACUCACAGGCACCUAUGCUGUUGAAGCCGGUGCGAGAUGCAGCGUCUGCCCUUCAGGCAGCAUUUCAGGCGUUGCAAGUGGUGCCUGCAGCCAGUGCAAUGCUGGGCAUUUUGCGAAAGAACCGUUUCGAAGUCAUCCGGUUCCUGGUCCUGUAUGUCUCUGCGCAGGGCCAGAAGGUCGUGCUGACAACUUCCAUGCACUGCCAGUCAGCUUACUUGGUCUCUGGCAAUGGUGGUGUGUGGGUCGAGUCUUUGCACAGGAAGCCCGACAUACUACAAUGCCCAAUUAACAUGGACGCAGCGGGUGAAAGAACGCCGCUGGUGAAGAGGCGACGCCAAUUUCUCAAAAAGUGGGCCUUGGCCCUUGAGCCAUGCCACCGUGAGCUCAGAAGGCAGUACCAAAGCAAGGCUGGCCCAGUAGAGCAGGAAGUCGACACAUGGUCAUCUGUGGAAGCCCGCUUGGCAGGGCAACUUGAGAACAGGGAGCUGUUACACUGGAGGCUCACUUUGGGGCCUCCGCAGGUAACUGCUGUGCACGAAGCAGCCCGUGCCAAGCAGCGCCUGCACGAGCUCAACUUGACAGGGUGUUGGCCCUCUCCUAGUCACACAGCUCCGUGGACCUUGGUGUAUACUGACGGCAAUUGCAGCCGCAAUGCUACCCCACACCUAGCUCUCGCUGGUGCUGGAGUGUUCUUUGCCAAGGGCCAUGCCGCUAAUGGUUCAUUCCCACUGCGCGGCCCGUCACAGUCCAAUCAGCGUGCCGAAGUGGAGGCCGGGCUUUAUGCGCUGCUUGUGGGACCUGCCAAGUUGGAGCUCGUCACUGACUCCCUCACUUUUCAUGACGGUGUGCUUCGUUUGCUUGAGUCUGCUCAUAAUGAGGAUACCCUCCCCAAUGACCAUCACUGGGCGGCAGCCUCGCACCGCGAUGUGUGGCAGGCCAUCUGGGUACAAGUGAGGGUUAGACACAAGCCUUAUUUGCGGAUUCGGCACGUCAACUCCCACUUGCAUGGCUCCGCAGUCGCCGCCGGCUGCAUUUCCUUUGAGGACUUUGAAGGCAACAGUGCAGCCGACGCCUUAGCGUCUGAUGCCAUUCGUCGUCACCAUGCACCGGAGCACCUCAUUGCAUCCUAG